AUGAAAUACUGCACACUUUGUGGUAUACCAUUUACCAGGGACCUCAACGAGGCCUGGAUUGAGAAAAUCCGUGCCGUUUUUAUCGAGGGUACAAGCUGGAAUCACACGGCCGUCUCUGGCGUUGGAAGAUGGGGAGAAUAUGAUGAUGACCCUUAUGUGAAUGUCCCAGCGAAUUGCCAAAGCCGCUAUGACAACCGCUCUGGCCCAGGCCCUACCAUAGAGGUUGGCUUGACACCCAGCAACAUAACAGUCUACCUGAAACCCGACGCAGCCGAUGAAACUUGGGGUUAUGGCUUCCAAGAUUCGUGCUGGUCCAUAUUUACCAAAAACUACAAACCAAAUCUCAAUGUGCUUUUUGCGGCCUGUCUUUCUAUGCCGACUGACACGAAUACUCUCCUUGAUUGGGGCCACGACUACGCGGGAGCAUCCUCAAUCAAACAACAGUUCGAUAUGCCUGUACGGAGUAGCUGUUUCCAAUCACUGGAGGCUAUUCCCCAGAUGCUGCGAUCUGAUCCAUACCACGUUCCCGGGCUUGUCAAUGCCAUCGACGGAGCUGCGCGCCUCCAGAAUGACGUCUUCUUGAGUCGCUUGGAACCAACUGUACAAAGUCUCCAAAGCGACAGUUUCUCGCGCUUAGUCCCGGGACUUCUGCAAACAAUUGUUACUCUCUUACCGACAUCAGAUGUUCACUCCCUGCGGCUUGCGUCCCCUGUCUUUGCGACCUUGGAGUUACCUGAAAGGUUUUGGGCAUCACGCUUCCAACCUGGCCACGAAUUUGAUCACUUACCUGAGGUUCAUGGCCGGCCCCCUCAAUCAUGGAGAGCUUUAUAUCAUUCGCUUAAGAUCUGGACGCGCGGGAUCCCAAGUAUGGCCAACCGCAAGCGGGUUUGGGGUCUUUCAAAGCAACUUCAAGCUACGUUGACUCAACUAGACGGCGUUUCUUGCCAAGGAGAUCUUUUAAGCACGUGGUUUGAUACUAGUCCUGACAGGUCGGAUCAAAACAUCCCCAAAGCUGAGGUUUCAUGGCAUACAGCUUCACGCGCCGUUGCCAACCUAGGAAAGAGUUUCUUCUACGGUUCUCGAGUUCUGAGGGCCCGUGCUCUAUACUUUUCAGAGCCUGUGAAACUCCGACAAAUGUCUGUAUCUUUCGUUCAUACAGCCGCUGGAAGGUUUAUCUCUGGCUUAAAAAUGAUUGAUGAGCAUAGUAGAUCUCAUGUCUUGGGAUACCGGCAUACGAAGGCCACAUCACAUAUCUCACUUGAUCCUGACGAGCAUAUACUAGGAUGGGAACUCGCCAUAGACUUAUGCGGCAUCAAGGGAAUUGCCGCUGUUUGUGCCGAUGGAACACUCACUGGCUGGGCAGGCGAAUCCGCUGGUUUCCCAAGGUGGCGAUUAAAAGGAUCCCAAGGAGUUUCUGCAGUGAAAGCCGAGUUUGACGCUCUGAAGCUCGUUUCUCUUAGUCGCGACACAUUACCCGACAAGGAGACGACCUGGCUGAACAACUGUCUCUGGUAUCCCGAAGUCCCCGGAGAAGGGCUACUCUUUAAGGGAAGCAGAGGUGAUGAGCCACGGGCUAAACAAAAUCUUCCAGUAACAACCGUUCUUUUCGGUGGCUCAGAUGGUCGAUAUCUGUCCCAACUGUCGGAAAUUGUCGUAUGGGUCUUCGACAUUUGCCAUGUGGCGGGAAUUGAGUUCCGCUACACCGAUAGUUCACACAACAGCCAGCUUGGUUAUGUUGGCCCGUUUGACGAGAACUACCCCGGUCGUAGGAACUUCAGUCCCGACUCUCAUGAUAGCACACUAUCCUUCCACAUUGACGGCGCUUCUGGUGAGCGAUUGUCUAGUAUUGACGUACAGACGAGUGGAUCACAUGUAGUUGGGCUGAGGCUUCGAACCAAUCUCGAUCGAACUAUCCAAACACCUGACUACCCUUAUGGAACAAAGAAAGGCUGGACUACAGUUGACGGAAAGGGAUCUGAAAUUAUUGGCAUGUUCGCCACACUUAGUCGGCCUUUCUGGGAUCUUGGUCUCAUAUCGAUAUGA